AUGGACAACACAAGCACAUGUGUGUCGAUAGGUAAAUUUCCAUUUGAUUAUACCGAGGAGCAGGUGUUGGAAAUAGCGAGAUCGGUGGGGCCCGUUCUCGAUAUCAAGUUAUUAUUUGAUGACUUAACAGGGAAAUCCAAAGGGUACGCAAUUGUCAACUAUGGAGAUGUUGAGACCGCAGGAUCGGCAGUACGAAAUUUGAACUACACGUCUCUACCGAAUGGGAGGUUUUUAAAAUGUGCUAUUGUUAGUGGCUAUGAGAUGAUUGGAGAUGAGGAUGCUGCAGUCAAGUUGCCGCCAUUACCACUAGGGAUUCAAAUACAUCCGAACCAGAACGCAUCUCAAGUGAUAUCAAGCAUACUUUCUAAUAUUGACUCGAAUUCGGCAUUACAAAUAUUGCAGGAAAUGAAGACGAUGAGUCAAGAGAACCCAAGAGGAACGAAGCUCUUACUUGAAAGAUUCCCGCAAUUGGCCCUAGCCAUGGUCGAGUUGGGUUUGUUAACUAAUAGCACCAAUCAUGAACUUAUAGAAUUGACGUUGAACAAAAAGCCAAUAGAAUUGAGGAGUUUGUCAAGUGAUCAUGUUUCUCUACUACAGGCGGUGUAUAAAUUGUCAGAUGAUCAAAUUGGCGAGUUGAAUGAAAGUCAACAAGAGGUGGUAAAACAAGUGAAAGUUGAAAUCGAGAAAGGGACAUAUGGUGAAAUACUAGAUAAUGGUUCCAAAAAGGAGUAA